UGUUUAUGUUUUCAAGAAUUGUUUUUGCUACAAUUAAAUUAUUGUUGCAUUUUUGAGGCAUUUAAAUUUUUAGAGAUAGGCGGUAACGAGCUUUUUACCGUGUUCAAACACGUCAGAGCGACAUCUGUUGUAUUGAAACGCAGACAUUGAAAAGUGGUAAAUCGGGAAUGAAGUAUUUAGCAAAGAUUGUAUAAACCGAGCAUGGAUGAUGUUGAAGUAUUAAAAGCGAAGCUACUUCGAAGCGAAGCUGAAAAUCAAAAGUUGAGACAACAAUUACAGAGCCUUAUUUUACUUGUUAAAAAAGCAUGGACUGGUGAUCACAGUGCUGCAAUUGAUGUUGCAUUGAUUGUUGGUGUGUCUCCACCAACAUUGGAGGUUUCAUCUUUGACAGAUGAAAUUGUUGCUGUGCCAAAGUCACAGUGCGUAAACAACUGGCUGAGACUUACAGUUGGCCUCAUCAACAAACAGUUCAAAGAAAGCCGAACGACAGCAAUGGCAGAACAGCUGCUCCACCUGCGAGACAGAGAAGCAUUUAUUGAUGAGCAAAUGGAGAGUAAGGUGCACAACAGUGAGCCCAAGUUUGGUGACAUAGAACAAAGAACAAGAGUCCUACAUGAGCUAGUGGAAAGUGAAGAUAUAAAGAGAAACGAAUUGAAGUUGAAACUUGGAAGGCCAUGUCUAGAGGGUCCUAAUCGCCUGAUCAGUUCAAAACCCAAAUCUAGAGUGAGCUCCGCAAAACAAACAAGAUGCGUAAAAUUGGCCAACACUUCAAAAGUGGACCAAUGCUUGGUUAUUCAAUCCAGGAAUGCAGGAGUAUCUAAGGAGCAGCAGCCAUCGGCGACUAAAAAUCGACCGAUGCCGGAAGAGAAGCACAAACCUAGAGCGAAAUCUGCAGGUUCCGCAAGGAGACCAUUCUCUGCUCCGCACCGCGCAGCCUCUGGAGGAACAAGCAGGCAACGACCAAGGUCUGGUAUCAAGCGAAAUAAUCAAGGACAAGGUAGGAUCGAUGAUAAACUAAAUAAAACGGAAAGUGAUAUUGCAAUGACCGUGCAGUUGUUGCAACAACGCCUUGGAAUUGACGAACGAGGUAUGGUGUGAAAUAUGAAGAAUAUUUCAUAAAUGAUCGAUCUUUGCCUUUGGGCCUCGAUAAAGAGCUUGUUAAUUUAAAUGCUAGUCAUACUGGCUUUCAAACAAGUGGCCGUGUUUGUCCUCCUGACACAGCUGGUGGCCUUACACGCAAGGCAAUUCAUUGCCUGUAAACAUUGACCAUUUCAUGCAUCAUGGUGACAAUAUUUGGUGUAUGCACGCAAUGGGGAUUUUUACAACAACGCGCCCGCUGAUUGGUCGCAAGAAGCGUGCUCCAAUUUCUGUAUGGCGGGAAAAUUUCCCGCCAAAACUGAAAAUCGUAAACAAAGUAAUGAAACUUAUAAAACUUUAAACGCAAUUUAACAUGGUCGAUGAAUACCUUUUAUAUUUCACCAUUUUCAUGCUUUCUAAAACUCCAUGGAAACAUGGAAAAUGUUUUAGAAAGUAAGUGUAUUGUUUUUAUGAAACCUGGCCAUUUGUACCGCAAUGACAAAGAAAAAAAUAGUUAAGAUAUAAAACACGACGUCAUGAUGAUUGAAUGCAAUUUUAUGCAUAAGCACCGCGAGAUAAUCUUCUUUUAGUGGUCUUAUUACCCAUUAUUCAACACUCGCAGAGUUUUUGAUUUUGUCCGCCAGUCUGUCUUCGAGAAAGUAAAAAAUCCACUUCCGCCUAUUGAUGGCUUUCCUUAAAUAUUUUUUGAUCAGCUUUUUUGGUCACGGGUCAGCUUCAAAUGUUUCAACGGCCGCCUCCGUCACCGCGGGUGAUCUGAAAUGGCGGGAAAGGACUGGAACUAGUUGUGAAAUUCCUUUCUCCGCGGAAACAACUUAAUAUCUCUUGAAAUAUACCUUAUUUCGGUUUUAAAUUUAUAUCAUAGCUAUAGUUCAUAUAAGCAAACAUAAUCGCAAAAUUUAGACUAGUUUCAUAAAAAAUAACAAAAGAUAUAAUCGAUUAAAAAUACUGCAGAAUGGAAUUCUGUGAUAAAAAAUAAAAAAUGUGACACUGAACGCUAACACAAAACUGAAGUGAACGCCAACAAACCCCUGGUUGUUCUCCAGCAUACGUUUGUUCAAUGAGAACAUUACGCGCAGUAGCGUAGCCAGCCUGUCGAUU